AUGGCUGAAAUCCCCAAAGUCCAAACCGUUGCUCUCGUUCGUGAAAUCGGCGGUCCUGUCGAGUUCCCCGAAGACUAUCCUGUUCCUACUCCCGGAAAUAACGAGGUUUUGGCUAAAGUCCUCUAUACUGGGGUAUGCCAUAGUGACCUCUUUGUGAAGGAAGGCACAGCUUCCGGGCUCGAUGGUGUCCCUAUUACCCAGUUGAGAUUUCCGCACAUUGGUGGCCAUGAAGGCGUAGGGCGUAUUGUGGCUCUAGGACCAGGUUGUGGAUCAGACUUGGAAGUCGGAAACCUUGUUGGGAUCCGUUUUGCCAGUCGAAUCUGCAGACGAUGCGAGUUUUGUCUUGCUGGAACAGAGCAAUAUUGUGUGAAAGGCACGACCCAUCUUCUUCACGAGGAUGGGAGUUUCCAGCAGUAUAUCGCUCUUGAUGCAGAUUACUUGACCAUCCUCCCGGAUGAUGUCGAUCCUAAGCUUAUAGGCCCGGUACUGUGUGCCGGGAUCACUGCGUAUAAGGCUGUAUUAGGAACAAACAUUAGAGCCGGAAGCUGGCUUGUCGUCGUUGGCGCAGGCGGAGGCCUCGGACAUUUAGCAGUCCAAUACGCCAAAGUCCUCGGGGCCCAGGUAAUCGGGGUGGAUGCACCUAACAAACGCGACCUCGUUCUCGGCGUCGGUGCCACGGAGUUCGUCGACUUUGUCAAUACAGAUCCCGUUCAGCGCAUUCACGAAAUUACUGGCUCUGGCGCACACGCCGUGGUCGUCACAGCCGGGAGUGCGAGCGCCUUCGCCCGUGCAGCCGACAUGCUACGUGUUGGGGGUACACUGAGUUGCGCGGGGGUCCCGCCUGGAAAAGCCGUGCUCGAAACGCCGAUCUGCAACAUAAUCAUCAAGGGUCUGAAGAUCUGUGGGAACAUAGUGGGCUCGAUGAAAGAAUGUAUGGAGGCGGUGGACUUGACUCGGCGGGGCCUGGUGAAGCCUGAGAUCAAACUUCGGCCGUUCAAAGAGUUGCCAGCUGUGUAUGAAGAGAUGGAGAAGGGGGAUAUUGCGGGGAGGAUUGUACUGGAAGUCCCUGAGUAG